AUGGAGACCGCAACUACGCAAUCCCUUCUCGUUUCCCUGGCGAUUGUACUCGCCGUGCUUGCUGGAGGUUUCUUCGCCUACCAGCAGGGAAUGAUGGACCCCAUCAUCGAGCAGAUUGGCAUCAUGAUGUUCAAGGCAAAGGCCGAGGCAGAGAAGAAGAAACUCCAGGCCCAGGGACAAAAGGCCGGCCAGGACUUUGUUGAUGACCAGCUCAAGGGAAACAAGCAGGCGGCAGACGUCGCGGACGGCAUUGGAUCGUUUGGAGGGCUGAAGAAGCAGAUUUAA